AUGACCAUCACGCCGGACGCGCGUUUCGAGUACCUGGAGGGCAUCGCCGCCCUGCUCCUCCGGUUCAAGCCCGACAAGUGGGGCAAGCUGCUGGGCGCCGAGGAGAGCCUGGCGCUGUUCACCGAGUUCUUCGACAAGCCCGACGUGCUGGUGCUGGUGCUGACGCUCAACACGGCCGGCAUGAUCGUGCCCUGCCUGGGCUUCCCCGCCGCCCUGAAGACCAAGGGCGUCUAUUUCAUCAAGAAGAAGCCGGAGAACAUCAGCAAGACCAACAUCAAGGGGUCGCUCAUCUACGGGGACAUCUGGCCCAGCCGCCCCGCGGGUGGAGUGCUGCCCAUCCCCGAGCACCUGGGGAGCCUGGGCGGCACACUGGAGUCCGUGGAGAGGCUCCCCUCGCUGGACAGCAGCCUGUUGCACGCCAUCGAGACCAUCGUCAUCGACUGGUCCCACCAGAUCCGGGACGUGCUGAGCAAGGACUCGGCCCAGGCCCUGCUGGACGGGAUGCACCCGCUGCCCCGGGUCGAGUUCGAGUUCUGGGACACACGGCUGAUGAACCUCCAGUGCAUCCAUGACCAGCUGAACAGGCCCAAAGUGAACAGGAUAGUUGAGAUCCUGGAAAAAGCCCAAAGCUGCUACUGGCCAGCCCUGCAGAACGUGUACUUGAACGUCACUGACGGGCUGAAGGAGGCCAAUGACAUUGUCCUGCACCUGAAGCCUCUGCGGAUCCUGCUGGAGGAGAUGGAGCAGGCGGACUUCACGGCGCUCCCGACCUUCAUCGCCAAGGUGCUGUACACCAUCUGCCUCAUCUGGGCCAACUCCAAGCACUACAACACGCCCUCCAGGGUCAUCGUCAUCCUGCAGGAGUUCUGCAACCAGGUCAUGGACAUGACGCGGACCUACCUGGGCCCGGACGAGGUGCUGAAAGGGCUGCAGGGGGAGAUCGAGGAGGUGCUGAACGGCAUCUCCCUGUCGGUGUCCGUGCUCAAGGGGCUGUACCGCACCUACCAGUUCUGCUGCGCCAACAUGAAGCUCUUCUUCAAGGACAAGGAGCCGGUGCCUUGGGAAUUCCCGUCUUCUCUCGCGUUUUCCAGAAUGAAUUCUUUCUUCCGUCGCAUCCAGACCAUUGAGGACCUUUACAAAACGGCCAUCGAGUUCCUGAAGCUGGAGAAGAUCGAGCUGGGCGGCGUGCGCGGCAGCAUCCUGGGCAGCCUGGUCGUGCAGAUCCACGAGGAGGUCUUCGAGCUGGUGAAGGUCUUCAUUGACUGCAAAUACGACCCCUUGGACCCGGAAGACUCGAGUUUUGAUAACGAUUACGCUGAUUUUGAGACCAAAAUUCAAGACCUGGACAGGAGGCUGGCCACCAUCUUCUGCCAAGCCUUCGACGACGGUAACUUCAUCGAGUCCUGCGCGAAGCACGGGGGCCGGGGAGCCCUGGAGCAGCUUCUGACGGGCUUUGGGGCCCCGUCUCCAAGUGACCGGCCGGCGGCUCCUCUCCCGCCCCUCCUGGUCCUAUCCAGGCCUGUCGCCACCCCCUCCUUUUACCGGGCAAAGGGCGGUAGCCAUGGAGCCGUCCCCCCACCUGCGGAGAGGGACUGCACGUUCUUCAGCCCGCCCCCCGUGGCCGGGCAGCUCAAGUGGAGCCUGGAGCUGCAGGAGCGCCUGGAGGUGCCCAUGCGGGACCUGAAGCACAUCGACCACCCGAGUCGAACCCUGGUGGCAGUGCUGAGAGAAGUCAAGUACCUGAACUUCCAGCAACAGAAGGAGAUCCCGCGCAGCGCCGAGACCCUGUUCUCGCAGUACGAGACCUUCCGGAAGUUUGUGGGCAACUUGGAGCUCAUCGUCGGCUGGUACAACGAGAUAAAGACCACGGUGAUGGAAGUGGAGUUCCCCCUCAUCAAGGCAGAGCUGGAAGGGAUCGACGUCAAACUGCUGACUGCCGAGACCACGCUGUUCUGGAACGGCGAAGGCGUCCUCACGUACAUCCAGGAGAUGCGAGAGGUUCUGCACAACCUGCAGACCAGGAUGCAGAAAGCCAAGCAAAACAUAGAGGGCAUCGCCCAGGCCAUGAAGGACUGGUCGGCCAACCCACUGUUCGAAAGGAAGGACAACAAGAAGGAGGCCCUGCUGGACCUGGACGGGCGGCUGACCAACCUGAACAAGCGCUACACGGCGGUCAAGGAGGCGGGGAUCAAGAUCCAGGCCAUGGUGGCGGAAAACGCGGAGCUGUUCCGAGCGGUCACGACCAGCCACUCCUGGAAGGACUACGUCAUCUACAUCGACGGCAUGGUCUUGGACGCGUUUGACAACUUCAUCCGCAUGUCGCUCAGCUACCUCAUCAACAACAUGGUUCUGGACGAGAGCGUGGCGCCGCUGUUCGAGAUCCACAUGGAGCUGAGCGAGGACGGGCUGGUGUUCUCGCCGUCGCUGGAGGUGGGCGAUGACAGGGGCUUCCUGGCGCUCAUCGAGAGCAUCAUCAACGACAUCUACAACGUGGCCAAGCUCAUCCCCCGCCUGGCCAGGGGCCGGGUCAACUACAAGUCGGACCUGGAGGACACGGCGGACCUGAUGGAGAUGCGCGAGGAGAUGUCCAACCUGGUGAUGGGCGCCAUGAAGGAGGCCGAGGAGUUCCAGGACUCGUUCGAGCGCUACUCCUACCUGUGGGUGGACGACCUGCAGGAGUCCAUGAAGAACUUCCUCACCUACGGCCGCGUCAUCACCCUGGAGGACCUGGACCUGCGGCCCGAGGAGCUGGUCACCAAGUCGCCGCCCACCCUCACGCAGUUCCAGCAGCAGAUCGACUCGUACGAGCGGCUGUACGAGGAGGUGUCGCGGUGCGAGAACACGCAGGUGUUCAGUGGGUGGCUGCAGUGCGACUGCCGGCCCUUCAAGCAGGCGCUGCUCAACACCAUCAAGCGCUGGAGCUUCAUGUUCAAGCGCCACCUGAGCAACCAUGUGGUCAGCAGCCUCGGUGACCUGGAGGCCUUCAUGAAAGCCGCCAGGGCCGGCCUGAAGACGCCGGUCAGGGAAGGGGAUUACGACGGCCUGGUGGAGGUGAUGGGGCACCUGAUGAAGGUGAAGGAGCGGCAGGUGGCCACCGACAACAUGUUUGAGCCCCUGAAGCAAACCAUCGAGCUGCUCAGGACGUACGGGGAGGAGAUGCCGGAGGAGAUCCACGUGAAGCUGCAGGAGCUGCCGGAGCAGUGGACCAACACCAAGAAGCUGGCCAUCCUGGUGAAGCAGAACGUGGCGCCCCUGCAGGCCAACGAGGUCAACAUCCUGCGGAGGAAGUGCCAGCAGUUCGAGGUUAGGCGUGGGGGCUCCAGAGCUGGCGGCAGGCGGCAGCUCAUCAGAGACACAGGAUGGCCAGGCCCCCUCGCCACCCGCCCGCAGGAACAGAAGAGCAUCCUGGCCAUGGAGCGCAUCAUGGAGGGGCUGUGCAAGUCGGGGAGCCUGUUCGAAGUCGCUGUGCCCGACUACAAGCAGCUCAAGGCGGACAUCGACUGCAAGAAGUUCGCCAAGGACGUGCGGUCCCUGGACAAGGAGAUGAAGACCUGGGACGCCUUCGUGGGGCUGGACAACACCGUGAAGAACAUGAUCACCUCGCUGCGCGCCGUGAGCGACCUGCAGAACCCCGCCAUCCCGGACAGAGGGGUCCUUGUGUGGAACCUGCUGUUUUCCCGGCCCCAGGUGAAGUUUGAGAUGUCGGAGGACACUGUGCUGGCGGACCUGCUCCAGCUGAACCUGCACAAGUUCGAGGAUGAGGUCCGGAACAUCGUGGACAAGGCGGUGAAGGAGUCCGGGAUGGAGAAGGUGCUGAAGGUGCUGGACAGCACCUGGUCCACCAUGGUGUUUGAGCACGAGCCGCACCCGCGGACGGGCACCAUGAUGCUCCGGACGGACGAGGUGCUGGUGGAGACGCUGGAGGACAACCAGGUGCAGCUGCAGAACCUGAUGAUGUCCAAGUACCUGUCGCACUUCCUGAACGAGGUGACGAGCUGGCAGCAGAAGCUGUCCACGGCGGACUCGGUCAUCUCCAUCUGGUUCGAGGUGCAGCGGACCUGGAGCCACCUGGAGAGCAUCUUCGUGGGCUCGGAGGACAUCCGCACCCAGCUGCCCGAGGAGUCCCACAAAUUCGACGACAUCGACAAGGAGUUCAAGGCCCUGAUGGAGGAGGCGGUGAAGACGCCCAAUGUGGUGGAAGCCACCAACAAGCCCGGUCUCUACGAGAAGCUGGAGGACAUGAAGAAGAGGCUGGCCGUGUGCGAAAAGGCCCUGGCCGAGUACCUGGAGACGAAGAGACUGGCUUUCCCGCGGUUCUACUUUGUGUCCUCGGCUGACCUCCUGGACAUCCUCUCCAACGGCAACGACCCCGUGGAGGUGGCGCUCACGUGCACCCAGAUCUGGUGGACCACGGAGGUGGGCAUGGCCUUCGCGCGGCUGGAGGAAGGAUACGAGAACGCCAUCAAGGACUACAACAAGAAGCAGAUAAGUCAGCUGAACGUGCUCAUCACCCUGCUCAUUGGGAACCUGAACGCGGGCGACAGGAUGAAGAUCAUGACCAUCUGCACCAUCGACGUGCACGCGCGCGACGUGGUGGCCAAGAUGAUCACGGCCAAGGCACGGUGCUACAUCACCCUGACCCAGUCCCUGCACCUGAUCAUGGGAGGCGCCCCCGCGGGCCCGGCCGGGACGGGCAAGACAGAGACCACGAAGGACCUGGGCCGGGCCCUGGGCACCAUGGUGUAUGUCUUCAACUGCUCCGAGCAGAUGGACUACAAGUCCUGCGGCAACAUCUACAAGGGCCUGGCCCAGACUGGGGCCUGGGGCUGCUUCGACGAGUUUAACCGCAUCUCCGUGGAGGUCCUGUCGGUGAUCGCCGUGCAGGUCAAGUGCGUCCAGGAUGCCAUUCGGGCCAAGAAGAAGACCUUCAACUUCCUGGGGGAGAUCAUCGGCCUCAUCCCCACCGUCGGCAUCUUCAUCACCAUGAACCCCGGGUACGCGGGGCGCACGGAGCUGCCCGAGAACUUGAAGGCCUUGUUCAGGCCCUGCGCGAUGGUGGUGCCCGACUUCGAGCUGAUCUGCGAGAUCAUGCUGGUGGCCGAGGGCUUCCUGGACGCCCGCCUGCUGGCCCGGAAGUUCAUCACGCUCUACACGCUGUGCAAGGAGCUGCUCUCCAAGCAGGAUCACUACGACUGGGGCCUGCGGGCCAUCAAGUCCGUGCUGGUGGUGGCCGGCUCCCUCAAGCGGGGUGACCCCAGCCGCGCGGAGGACCAGGUGCUCAUGCGGGCGCUGAGGGACUUCAACAUCCCCAAGAUCGUGACGGACGACCUGCCCGUGUUCAUGGGGCUCAUCGGGGACCUCUUCCCGGCCCUGGAGGUGCCUCGGAAGCGGGACCUGAACUUCGAGAAGAUCAUCAAGCAGAGCAUUGUGGAGCUGAAGCUGCAGGCGGAGGACAGCUUUGUGCUGAAGGUGGUGCAGCUGGAGGAGCUGCUGCAAGUGCGCCACUCGGUGUUCGUCAUCGGGAACGCGGGCAGUGGCAAGUCCCAGGCAGGCCUCUUCUCGACCAUCAUGCGGGACCUGGCCAACAUCACCCACGAAGGCCCCAAGUGGAUUGUCCUGGAUGGGGACAUCGACCCCAUGUGGAUCGAGUCUCUCAACACCGUCAUGGACGACAACAAGGUGCGAGGGGCUCUUGGACUUCGAGAUCCCCCAGGACCCCUGUCACCAUCCACCCUGCACAGCAGACGGGAGGCGGGGGGCCUCUUCUCGACCAUCAUGCGGGACCUGGCCAACAUCACCCACGAAGGCCCCAAGUGGAUUGUCCUGGAUGGGGACAUCGACCCCAUGUGGAUCGAGUCUCUCAACACCGUCAUGGACGACAACAAGGUCCUCACCCUGGCCAGCAACGAGCGGAUCCCCCUGAACCGCACCAUGAGGCUGGUGUUCGAGAUCAGCCACCUGCGGACCGCCACGCCGGCCACCGUCUCCAGAGCCGGCAUUCUCUACAUCAACCCUGCCGAUCUGGGCUGGAACCCCGUGGUGAGCAGUUGGAUCGAGCGGCGCAAGGUGCAGUCGGAGAAGGCCAACCUGAUGAUCCUCUUCGACAAGUACCUGCCCAUGUGCCUGGACAAGCUGCGCUUCGGCUUCAAGAGGAUCACGCCGGUGCCCGAGAUCACGGUGAUCCAGACCAUCCUGUACCUGCUCGAGUGCCUGCUCACCGAGCGCAACACGCCGCCCGACUCGCCCAAGGAGCUGUACGAGCUCUACUUCGUGUUCGCCUGCUUCUGGGCCUUCGGGGGCGCCUCUGUCCUUCCGCAGCUGGUGGACUAUCGCGUCGAGUUCAGCAAGUGGUGGAUCAACGAGUUCAAAACGAUCAAGUUCCCCUCGCAGGGCACCGUCUUCGACUACUACCUGGACCCCGACACCAAGAAGUUCCUGCCCUGGAUGGACAAGGUGCCCUCCUUCGAGCUGGACCCCGACGUCCCGCUGCAGGCCUCCCUGGUGCACACGACCGAGACCAUCCGCAUCCGCUACUUCAUGGACCUGCUCAUGGAGAAGUCGUGGCCCGUGAUGCUGGUGGGGAACGCGGGCUCGGGCAAGUCCGUGCUGCUGGGCGACAAGCUGGAGAGCCUGAGCACGGACGACUACCUGGUGCAGGCCGUGCCCUUCAACUUCUACACCACCUCCGCCAUGCUGCAGGGGGUUCUGGAGAAGCCGCUGGAGAAGAAGUCGGGCAGGAACUACGGGCCGCCCGGCACCAAGAAGCUCAUCUACUGCCCGCGCAGGUACGACAGGCAGAAGCUGACGCUGAAGGAUAUCCACAACUGCCAGUACGUGGCCUGCAUGAACCCCACCUCCGGCUCCUUCACCAUCGACCCCCGACUCCAGGGCCACUUCUGCGUGUUCGCUGUGAGCUUUCCCGGCCCGGAGGCCCUCACGACCAUCUACAACACCAUCCUGGCCCAGCACCUGGCCUACCGCUCGGCCCCCCUGGUGGUGCAGCGGAUGAGCGGGCAGCUGGUGGCCUCGGCCCUGGCCCUGCACCAGAAGGUCACAGCCACGUUCCUUCCCACGGCCAUCAAGUUCCACUACAUCUUCAACCUCAGGGACCUCUCCAGCAUCUUCCAGGGUAUCUUGUUCUCCACAACCGAGAUCCUGAAGACCCCGCUGGACCUGGUCCGCCUCUGGCUGCACGAGGCUGAACGCGUGUACGGCGACAAGAUGGUGGACGAGAAAGACCAGGACACGUUGCGCCGAGUCACCAUCGCGUCCACCAAGAAAUUCUUUGACGAACUCGGUGACGAGCUUUUAUUUGCGAAACCGAACAUCUUCAGCCACUUCGCUCAAGGGAUCGGGAUCGGCGACCCCAAGUACCUCCCCGUGACCGACAUGGCCCACCUGAACAAGCUGCUCGCGGCGGUGAAGAACGUGCCGUCGGUGUUCCUGAUGACGGACUCCCAGGUGGCCGAGGAGCAGUUCCUGGUGCUGAUCAACGACUUGCUGGCCUCGGGCGAGAUCCCGGGGCUGUUCGCUGACGACGACCUGGAGAACAUCAUCACGUCCAUGCGGCCGCAGGUCAAGGCGCUCGGGCUGACCGACACCCGGGAGCUGUGCUGGAAGUUCUUCAUCGAACGGGUCCGCCGGCAGCUCAAGGUGAUCCUGUGUUUCUCCCCCGUGGGCUCCAUCCUGCGGGUCCGGGCCCGGAAGUUCCCCGCCGUGGUCAACUGCACGGCCAUCGACUGGUUCCACGAGUGGCCAGAGGACGCCCUGGUGUCGGUCAGCGCUCGCUUCCUGAGGAAGACGGAAGGCAUUUUGCCGGAAGUCAAGGCCUCCAUCAGCCUGUUCAUGGCCUACGUGCACACCACGGUCAAUGAGAUGUCCAAGGUGUACCUGGCCACCGAGCGGCGCUACAACUACACCACGCCCAAGACCUUCCUGGAGCAGAUCAAGCUCUACCAGAGCCUGCUGGCCAAGAAGCGGGCGGAGCUGGUGGCCAAGAUCGAGCGGCUGGAGAACGGGCUGAUGAAGCUGCAGAGCACGGCCUCACAGGUGGACGACCUGAAGGCCAAGCUGGCCAUCCAGGAGGCGGAGCUCGUGCAGAAGAACGAGAACGCGGACAAGCUGAUCCACGUGGUGGGCGUGGAGACGGAGAAGGUCAGCAAGGAGAAGGCCAUCGCCGACGAGGAGGAGGUCAAGGUGGAGGUCAUCAACAAGAACGUCACCGAGAAGCAAAAGGCUUGUGAAACGGACCUGGCCAAGGCAGAGCCGGCCCUGCUGGCCGCGCAGGAGGCUCUGGACACGCUGAACAAGAACAACCUGACGGAGCUGAAGUCCUUCGGGUCCCCGCCGGACGCCGUGGUCAACGUCACAGCCGCCGUGAUGAUCCUGACCGCGCCCGGGGGCAAGAUCCCCAAGGACAAGAGCUGGAAGGCUGCGAAAAUCAUGAUGGGCAAAGUGGACACGUUCCUGGACUCCCUCAAGAGGUUCGACAAGGAGCACAUCCCCGAGGCCUGCCUCAAAGCCUUCAAGCCCUACCAAGGCAACCCGACCUUCGACCCUGAGUUCAUCCGCUCCAAGUCCACGGCGGCCGCGGGGCUGUGCUCCUGGUGCAUCAACAUCGUGCGCUUCUACGAGGUGUACUGCGACGUGGCACCCAAGCGGCAGGCGCUGGAGGAGGCCAACGCCGAGCUGGCCGAGGCCCAGGACAAGCUGUCGCGGAUCAAGAACAAGAUCGCCGAGCUCAACGCCAACCUGAGCAACCUGACGUCGGCGUUUGAAAAAGCCACGGCUGAGAAAAUCAAGUGCCAGCAGGAGGCCGACGCCACCAACAGGGUGAUCUCGCUGGCCAACAGGCUGGUGGGCGGCCUGGCGUCGGAGAACGUCCGCUGGGCGGAGUCGGUGCAGAACUUCAGGUCCCAGGGGGUCACGCUGUGCGGGGACGUGCUGCUCAUCUCCGCCUUCGUCUCCUACGUGGGCUACUUCACCAAGAAGUACCGGAACGAGCUGAUGGACAAGUUCUGGACCGCGGGCGCCUCCCGAGGGCACUAAGGCGGCACCUCCCGGCAGGUCCCCAUCCCCAUCACCGAGGGUCUGGACCCCUUGAGCCUGCUCACCGACGACGCGGGCGUGGCCACGUGGAACAACCAGGGGCUCCCCAGCGACCGCAUGUCCACGGAGAACGCCACCAUCCUGUGCAACACGGAGCGCUGGCCGCUCAUCGUGGACGCCCAGCUGCAGGGCAUCAAGUGGAUCAGGAACAAGUUCGGCAGCGAUCUGAAGGCCAUCCGCCUGGGGCAGAAGAGCUACCUGGACAUCAUCGAGCGCGCCAUCUCCGAGGGGGACACCUUGCUCAUCGAGAACAUCGGCGAGACCGUGGACCCCGUGCUGGACCCGCUCCUGGGCAGGAACACGAUUAAAAAGGGAAAGUACAUCAAGAUCGGCGACAAGGAGGUGGAGUACCACCCGCAGUUCCGCCUCAUCCUGCACACCAAGUACUUCAACCCCCACUACAAGCCCGAGAUGCAGGCCCAGUGCACGCUCAUCAACUUCCUGGUCACCCGCGACGGCCUGGAGGACCAGCUGCUGGCCGCCGUGGUGGCCAAAGAGCGCCCGGACCUGGAGCAGCUCAAGGCGAACCUCACCAAGUCCCAGAACGAGUUCAAGAUCAUCCUGAAGGAGCUGGAGGACUCGCUGCUGGCCCGCCUGUCGGCCGCCUCGGGCAACUUCCUGGGAGACACGGCGCUGGUGGAGAACCUGGAGAAGGUGCGCCGGCCCCGGCCCCUCCGUGCCCCCCGGCCGGCUUCCCAGGGGGCCAGGGCGCUGGGCCCGCCCGCCUGCCAUGCUGUCCCCCCGCUGGGCUCACUCGGCCCUCGGUUCGGCUGCAGGUGCUGGAGGNNNGUCUUCGAGAAGGCCAUCCAGCGGACGGCGCCCGCCGACGAGGUGCGCCAGCGGGUGAUGAACCUGACGGACGAGAUCACCUACUCCAUCUACGUGUACACGGCCCGCGGGCUCUUCGAGCGCGACAAGCUUAUCUUCCUGGCCCAGGUCACCUUCCAGGUCUUGUCCACAAAGAAGGAGCUGAACCCGGUGGAGCUGGACUUCCUCCUGCGGUUCCCGUUCAAGGCCGGGCUGGUGUCGCCCGUGGACUUCCUGCAGAACCAGGGCUGGGGCGGCAUCAAGGAAAAGCGAAGCGUCAGGCCCCUCCUCACGUGCCGUCCACGCUCCGGGCCUCAGGGCUCUCCGAAACCACCUGAGGGGCCACCCCUGGGGCAAGAGGCGCGGGGUGAGGGAGCCGGGGCGCCCAGAGCAGACACAGCCAGGGCGGGAGCACCCACACCCUCCCUGCCCGAGGGAAGCAGCCGCUCUGCUAGAGCCGCCAGGAGACCGCCUCCGGCCCCGCUGACGGCCGCCUCCCCCAGGAACUUCGUGGAGGAGAAGAUGGGCAGCAAGUUCGUGGAGGGCCGGAGCGUCGAGUUCUCCAAGUCCUACGAGGAGAGCAGCCCCUCCACCCCCAUCUUCUUCAUCCUCUCCCCGGGGGUCGACCCCCUGAAGGACGUGGAAGCCCUGGGGAAGAAGCUGGGGUUCACCAUCGACAAUGGGAAGCUCCACAACGUGUCGCUGGGGCAGGGGCAGGAGGUGGUGGCCGAGCACGCCCUGGACGUGGCUGCGGAGAUGGGGCACUGGGUCAUCCUGCAGAACAUCCACCUGGUGGCCCGGUGGCUGAGCACCCUGGACAAGAACCCCGAGCCCGCCCCCAGCCCCGACUCCCACAUCAUCCCCCAGGGCAUCCUGGAGAACGCCAUCAAGAUCACCAACGAGCCGCCCACGGGCAUGCAUGCCAACCUGCACAAGGCCCUGGACCUCUUCACCCAGGACACCCUGGAGAUGUGCACCAAGGAGAUGGAGUUCAAGUGCAUCCUGUUCGCCCUCUGCUACUUCCACGCCGUGGUGGCCGAGAGGCGCAAGUUUGGGGCCCAGGGCUGGAACAGGUCGUACCCCUUCAACAACGGGGACCUCACCAUCUCCAUCAACGUGCUGUACAACUACCUGGAGGCCAAUCCCAAGGUGCCCUGGGACGACCUCCGCUACCUGUUCGGGGAGAUCAUGUACGGCGGACACAUCACAGACGACUGGGACCGCCGGCUGUGCAAGACCUACCUGGUGGAGUACAUCCGGGCCGAGAUGCUGGAGGGCGAGAUCCAGCUGGCCCCCGGCUUCCAGAUCCCCCCCAACCUGGACUACAAGGGUUACCACGAAUAUAUCAACGAGAACCUGCCCCCCGAGAGCCCCUACCUGUACGGCCUGCACCCCAACGCGGAGAUCGGCUUCCUGACGGUCACCUCGGAGAAGCUGUUCCGCACGGUCCUGGAGAUGCAGCCCAAAGAGACGGACUCAGGCGCCGGCACCGGGGUGUCCCGCGAGGAGAAGGUGAAGGCCGUGCUGGACGAGAUCCUGGAGAAGAUCCCGGAGUCAUUCAACAUGGCCGAGAUCAUGGCGAAGGCGGCCGAGAAGACGCCCUACGUGGUGGUGGCCUUCCAGGAGUGCGAGCGCAUGAACAUCCUGACCAACGAGAUGCGCCGCUCGCUCAAGGAGCUCAACUUGGGGCUGAAGGGGGAACUGACCAUCACGACAGACAUGGAAGAUCUGUCCACGGCGCUAUUUUACGACACGGUGCCCGAAACGUGGAUGGCCCGGGCCUACCCGUCCAUGAUGGGCCUGGCAGCCUGGUACACGGACCUGCUGCUCCGCAUCAGGGAGCUGGAGGCCUGGACCACGGACUUCGCCCUGCCCACCACCGUGUGGCUGGCUGGCUUCUUCAACCCCCAGUCCUUCCUCACGGCCAUCAUGCAGUCCAUGGCCAGGAAGAACGAGUGGCCGCUGGACAAGAUGUGCCUCUCGGUGGAGGUGACCAAGAAGAACCGGGAGGACGUGACCGCGCCCCCACGAGAGGGCUCCUACGUGUACGGGCUCUUCAUGGAAGGCGCUCGCUGGGACACGCAGACCGGGGUCAUCGCCGAGGCGCGGCUGAAGGAGCUGACGCCGGCCAUGCCCGUCAUCUUCAUCAAGGCCAUCCCUGUGGACCGCAUGGAGACCAAGAACAUCUAUGAGUGUCCCGUGUACAAAACACGCAUGCGCGGCCCCACCUACGUCUGGACCUUCAACCUGAAGACCAAAGAGAAGGCGUCCAAGUGGGUGCUGGCGGCCGUGGCGCUGCUCCUGCAGGUCUAGCCACUCCCCGGCCAGGCCUGACCGUCAUCGCCCUGGGACUAGCAUGGACUUACAGGAACUGAGGGCCGCUGUCUGACAACAUGGUCAGGGCCUGUGAGCGCAGGCGCACCUGACCAGCCGGACGGUGAGGG